UAUGCAUGGGAGAGAGGUUAGAUCUAACUGCUCGGAAGGGUUCUAAGAGGCUGUCAAGGUGGUGUCUGCUCUUCUGGUCUGGUCACACAGAGAAAGGCCAACAGACCCAAACCCACCAGCACAACCAUGAAGCCAGGCAGCUUUUUCCUCCUCACUCUGAUGGUCUUCUUUUUGUACUCAGGUGCUGCCACUGAAGCAAUAAAUGAACGGGAAUAUUGUCUUGGGUAUCCAAAAGGAGCAUGCACCAAGGAGCUUAAUCCCCACUGUGGCUCUGAUGGCGUCAGCUAUGGCAACAAGUGUAUGUUCUGCAAUGCAUAUAUCGCAACUGGAAGAGUACUGAGACUGAGGCACCUUGGAGAAUGUGUUAAAGACUAAAGAACAUCUACGGAGGGAAAUGUCCCUUUCUCUUCAUGCCUCACCCAUACCAUCACCACAAAGAAAUAUAUUCUUCCUUCGGCUUAUACUCUGCUUUGCCAGCUAGUGAAUAUCUUGCAAGAUCUUAUUUUAAUUAAUCAAUAAAUAAGCCAAGCAGCAUUAUCAGUCUUGUCCCUUG